UAUUUCUCUGGUGUAUUUUGGUGUCGUGGUUUAAAAACAAAUACUUUAUAGUGAGUGCGCGUAAAAAGUAUUUUGAUCGUAUGUGCUUGCAUUUAGUGGAAUUAGUAUGACCCCGUAACAGUAAAUGUGCGUUAACAUCAUUGUUACAUGACUAACUGGAAUGUAUGAACAACAGCAUGCUGACAAUUCAUCAGACGAAGAAACUUUCGAGGAGGACGCGUCGCUUUCUAAUCCUCUGCUUAAAACGGAAGAAGCGAGUUUUUGCAUGAGAUGUUCAGAAGGCAGGAGUAGUAGACACUUGUGUGUGAGCGUCAAUAACGUAUGUGCUUCGAGCGCGGAAGACACGAAUGACAAAAAUCUUUUUUCUAAUGGCGACAGCAACAUCACAACAUUCACACCUUGUGAGACAACACACUGUCAUCAUGUUUCAUCGCAACCUUAUACUUCAUCAGAAUGCAGGAAACUGUUGUUGGCUACUGGCAUGUGCAUUGUCUUCAUGGUUGCAGAAAUAAUAGGUGGCUAUGCAGCUGGGAGCUUAGCUGUCAUGACAGAUGCAGUGCAUCUUAUGUCUGAUGUUGUUGCAUUCCUUGUGAGUUUAUUUGCUAUCUGGUUGAGCAGACAUUCUCCUACAAGGAAAUUUACUUUUGGAUUCUUCAGGGCAGAAAUUUUAUGUGCCCUUGCAAGCAUACUGCUCAUAUGGUUAAUAACUGCAGUUUUUGUGUACUUGGCAGUACAUCGAAUGUUAAGUGGGAAAUAUGCAAUAAAAACACAAACAAUGAUGCUGGUAGCAGGAUUAGGAAUUGUGGUAAAUGCAAUCAUGGGAUUGGUGCUGCAUGGAUCCUGUAACAGUCUCAGAGGUGCACACGGGCACACCCACAGUGAAUUCAGCCAUAGCAGAUCUGGCAUAAACGUCAGGGCAGCAGUGAUACAUGUAAUUGGAGACUUGCUCCAGAGCAUAGGUGUUUUUGUAUCAGCAGUUGUAAUACAUUUUUAUCCUGGGGCAAAGAUAGCUGAUCCCUUAUGUACAUUUGUGUUUUCCAUUCUGGUGUUGACAACAACUGUGUCAGUAUUCAUGGAAACAGUGCGUAUUCUCUUGGAGGGUUUUCCAAAGCAUCUAAAUUAUGAAACAAUUAUGCAGACACUUAACAACAUUGAUGGUGUACGGAAUGUACAUGACUUACAUGUGUGGCUCUUGUCUGUCAACAAAGCGGUUUUAACUGUUCAUCUCGCUAUAGAUUCAUCAGUGGAGUCGGUGAAAGUGCUGGAAAGGGCAACAUAUAAGAUGAGGCACAAAUAUGGAAUACAUAACCUUACCAUACAGAUUGAAGAAUUUUCAUCAGAGACAAUGGCCAGUUGUUUAAAGUGUCAGCCUUUAUCCAGAUAACACAAAGGCUGAAAGUAAUUGUUCUACAUUUUUUUAAUUCUGUAAAUUUUAUUUGUUGAAAUUAAAAGGACCACACAGCACUAAACUGGAAGUUAAUAUAUGUACAAAAUAUUUUUAUUGUUUGCUUAUUUAAUAAAUGGGCAUUGAUGGAAUGAAA